AUGGCAAGGAAGCUACCAUCCGUUUCCCAUAAGAGGGACUCUAGCAGAAGCCAAAGCUUUGGGAAAUAUCUCAGUAAGUUGAUCUUGACUGGACACAUACUGAACACGGGAGAUCCUUGCAGAAAAGGGAAUUGGUGGUUGGUUCCUCUUCCACCCAACAGAUAUGUGGCGGUUUAUAAAAGGGUUUACAGAGUUAAGUAUAAUGCAGAUGGGAGUGUUCCUCGCUGCAAGGCUAGCCUUGUAACCAGGAUAUCGAGAAGAGGCUUGGAAUUGGCUUUCAACAGAAUGAAUCAGGGCUGGAGGCCAUACAUCACACUAUGCACCAGAAAGAACGGUGUAACAGACGUGGGCUUUGAAGCUGAAAAAGGAAGUCUGGAAAACAGACAUGCUACCUAA